GUCCCAACCAUCUCCUGCUCCACCUCCCUACCGCUGAAGCGAUCGGAGCCGCGAGCUGCGGAGCAAGGGAGGAAGAGAUGGCGUCGGCGCCGUCUGCGUCGGGGGAGGAGAUAGUGCGCGCGUCGCACAUCCUGAUCAAGCACGAGGGGUCCCGGCGCAAGGCUUUCUGGAAAGGCCCCGAGGGCCAGGUCAUUUCCGCCACCACGCGCGCCGACGCGGCCGCGUGCCUCGGCGAGCUCCGGGCCCAGAUCCUCGCCGGUCGCGCCUCCUUUGCCGACCUCGUCGCGCAGCACUCGGACUGCUCCUCCGCCCGCUGCGACGUCGACCUAGCUGAUGUAGUCUUGCUCCAUGACUGUUGCGCCAAAUCAAUGCUUCCCUCUGUGUACAGAGGAAUGCAAUCUCAAGGAGCGAUGGAAGUGAAGGUUAUGUGUGUUUCUUUAAGAUUACUAAUAGAUGUUAUAUUAUCUUUGCUUCAGAUUUAGUAGUGUUCGAUCUGCUCCAUAGUGCAUUUGUGCAGCCUCAAAAUUUUAGUGUUAUUACUAGCAUAUUCUCUACUUUUUGGUAUUAAGAUUAAUCAAUGAUGUGCUAAGUUAAACUGAAAUGAUAUGUAUA